AUGGCCCUAAGGAUGCUCUGGGCUGGACAGGCUAAGGGGAUCUUGGGAGGCUGGGGGAUCAUCUGCUUGGUGAUAUCUCUGCUCCUCCAGCACCAAGGAGUCCACAGCAAGUGCUACUUCCAAGCUCAAGCUCCCUGCCACUAUGAAGGGAAAUAUUUUACCCUGGGUGAGUCUUGGCUCCGCAAGGACUGUUUCCAUUGUACCUGUCUGCAUCCUGUCGGUGUGGGCUGCUGUGACACGUCCCAGCAUCCUAUUGACUUCCCUGCUGAGUGUGAGGUACGACAGAAGGCAGGAACCUGCCAAUUCUCCUUGGUGCAAAAAUCUGACCCUCGGCUGCCCUGCAAGGGGGGAGGGCCUGACCCAGAGUGGGGCUCAGCUAACACCCCUGUUCCUGGAGCUCCUGCUCCCCACUCCAGCUAAACUCAACUGAUCACCCUUCUGCUGACUGCCCACUGCUGCUGCCACUUCCAGGGAAACCACUAGCAGCUGCCAAUUUAUUCUGAAUAAAUAAAUUAAUGCUA